AUGAUAAAUAAAAUCAAAGAAUACAUGUCGAAUACAUAACCUGUUGUUGAUGCAUUAAAGGAUCUUAAUAUUUAUUCAAAUGAUAAUUAAUUUCAAUCUCAAUAAAUUAUAUCAAAUAGAUUAAGAUAAUUCUUUGAAAGUCAAUAAAGUAAGGUAAAGUUAGUAAACAAAUAAUUUAAGAAAUAGUUUUUCUAGUCAUUGUUUGAAGUGGUAUAAAAAGAGAGCAUUCAGGAAGGGAAUUUGUAAAGAAAAUUUAAAAUAUUAUUAUUGCUCCACAUAAUCUUAAGUUCUUAAGUAGGACGUUCAGAAUUAUCAAGAAUCUUAAUUAGUAAAUAAUUGAUAAUAAAAACACAAAAUACAAUUUCUUCAAAAUUGGGUCAAGUUUGUUAACUUUAUUAUCAUUAUUUAUAUAAAUUGGCAUCUUAAACAACAUUUAUAAAUGAGGAAGUAGUUGAUGGAGAUUUAUUAAUAUAUUUUACUUUAUCAAAUUAAUGUUAUAUAGGAAUGAGUAUGUAAAAGUGUAUAGAGUGUGUUGAUUAAUUUGAAUCUAAUCCAUUAUUGGGACAUAUAAUAAGAUUCAUUUAUUAUGAUUUACAAGAUACAUUUAUAUUCAUUUUGAAAGACAUAAAGAUUCUAAUUGAGAAUCGAGAAAAUGUUAAAUAUUCAAGAGAAUAAAUGUUAGAACUUUACAAAGAAGUAAUGUAAAAUAUAUUAUUAAACUGUAGUGUUAAAUUUUACAGAAAAGAAUGUUAGACUUCUAUCGCUUUAAUAGAUAUUUCUAACACUUUUAAGAGAUAAUGCCUCCAUAUUCUUUAGCAAUAAAUUAAAAAUCAAUAGGAUAUUUAUUAAAUAGUACACCUAAGAUGAAUUCUUUAUAAUAGAUAGAGAAUAAAGAAGAUAAUGAUAUAUUGAAUUGUAAGUAACCUUAAACUUCAAAAUAGAAGAAAUCAAUAAAAUUUGAGUUUGAAGAGAGGAAAAGAAAAUAAUCAGAAUCAACAUAAUUUUCAUUCUGA